UUGUUGAAGCGUCAUUUAGAAGUUAGUUCCUGUGGCCCCCCCGCCCGCAAAGCCCAGUGGUGGAAAUUACCCGUUCGUAUGGCGGGAGCAAGUCUGUCCGUAGCACAACCAAAUCAUGACGCCCCCCCCCCCGGUCCCUCUUCCGCCUACAGAACAAAGCGGUUCUCUAUUUUAUCGGCCCCGAGAGGGAGCGAUGAUGGGCCGAGUCGACCAGGGUAUUUUUGUUUAACUUUCAUCCGUCACAUUUCGAGAGGCGCUCGCUCCGAGCCCCGUGGCUCCACUGCCACGGGGCUCGCCGCGUGUGGCUGCUGGUGUUGUUGUUUGUGGUGUUGUUGUUGUUUGUGGUGUUGUUUGUGUUGUUGGUGGUGUUGUUGUUUGUGGUGGUGUUGUUGUUUGUGGUGGUGGUGUUGUUGUUUACAAUGGUGCCGUCGGUGCAGCGUUCAGAGUCGUUGUCGAUCUUCCCUUUGCGGCGUCAUUACCGUCGACAUUGUUGUCUCGCACCCUCGGUGUUGCCGUCUUACUAUCGCGCGAUGCAAGUUGUUGACGUUUAUUUAGUAACCGCGUCAGGCCGAUGAUGGGUGAUGUUGUACGGUAAACGGCGAAUGUGAAAUCACCAUCGUGGCUAUUGUCGUUGAGGCGAAAAGCGAUCGAUUCCGUCCGAUUUGAAGGGGUCAAGUUCAAAUCCGGGUGAGGGGGGUGGUAGAGCUCCUCGUCAUCAUCAUCGUCGUCAUCGUCACCACCUCCACGAGGGGUGGUGGGGGAAUAAGGGAGCAGUGCUCGUGCUACACGCACUGCCAGAGUGUUUACGUUGUGGUGGUGGUGGUGAUGGGAGUGGUGGUAAUGUACGACACUUUAUAGAACUUUUUUCGCACUGUACCGUGCUAACCGGAGGUGCGGGGGAAGGACCACUCACUCGACAUGAAAAAAAGUUCUCAAUAAAUGAGUUUGCUAAUCUAGACGAUGAUUUGAAAGUGCAUGUCCUCCCAGCGGCUUCUUAAUAUGGGAUGGAAGAGCGUUCCAGACGGCCGCAGAAGCGCAUCUGAAAGCGCCACGCGAUGUUCGAUGGCCAGCCAGAUGCUGUUGUGAGGGUGGAUCGGAGCUAGCGUGAUGAUGGCUUAUGCUCAAUGAUGUCUGUGUCGCAGACGAUGGCUCUGCUCUGGUUUACUACGCUGAUGGUGCUGGGGACUGCGAAGUAUGGAUCUGCCACUGUGACUGUCAGCGCCCCCGAGGAGGUCGUCCUGACCAACGGAAGCUCCUUGAACGUGACCCUGACACUUAGUGGAACACUCGCGAAAAGUGUGGUUCUCACGUUCAACAUCACGCAGCACUCUGAGAACGUGACCAUUGUGGAGCUGCCUGACAGCGUGAUGUUGCCCGCACACUCGCGGCUGGUUCCGUUCCUCGUGAAGGCCGUCGCCGUGGGUCAGGUCACCACUCAUCUCCAUGGCAACUCCUCCCAGAUCGCCAGGGUGGACGCCGUGCGGAUUCGCUUCCAGGUGAUCCGCAGUGAGGCUCUGCGCCUCCUCGACGUUGUGAUCGGCUGGCUCUACUUCGUGGCGUGGUCCAUCUCCUUCUACCCACAGAUCCUGGAGAAUUACCGGCGCAAGAGCGUCGUUGGACUCAACUUUGACUUCCUGGCACUGAAUCUCACGGGCUUUGUGGCGUACAGCCUCUUCAACAUCGGCAUGCUGUGGAUUCCCACUGUCAAGGAGGAGUACCUGGUGCAGUACCCAGACGGAGUGAACCCCGUGAGCCUCAAUGACGCGGGGUUCAGUCUCCACGCCAUCUUCGCGUGCCUCGUUGUCAUCACGCAGUGCGUCAUCUACGAGCGUGGAGGCCAGCACGUGUCGGUGCCCGCCUGGGUGCUGCAGGCCGCCGCGUGGCUCUUCGCGCUCGCCUACCUCGUCUCGGCGGCCGUGCACGCCGUCUCCUGGCUGCAGUUCCUCAACGGCUUCUCCUACAUCAAGCUCGUUAUCACGCUCGUCAAGUACAUGCCCCAGGCGUACAUGAACUACCAGCGCAAGAGCACGGAGGGCUGGAGCAUCGGCAACGUGCUGCUCGAUCUGACAGGCGGCACGCUCAGCCUCGCGCAGAUGUUCAUCAGGUCCUACAACAACGACGAGUGGACCCUGAUCUUCGGCGACUUCACCAAGUUCGGCCUGGGCCUGUUCUCCGUGCUCUUUGACUUGCUCUUCAUCGUGCAGCACUACUGCCUGUACCGGCGUCGGCCUGGCUACCGGCUCAUUCACAGCGACACCCCCGACGACAACAGCUACCCCAAGUGACGGCCGCUCGCUCACUCGCUCACGCGCUUGCUCGGCCGGCCGGUCAGCCGGCCAGCCAGCCACUUCUGCUCACCCACCAUGAGCUCUGCUGUAACCUCGAUUUUAAAGAGGGGAAAUGCAUCAACUCACAGUGGGGGGGGGGGGGGGGUGGGGGAGAAGAGUGCGACAUUCAACGUGAAAUGGGCUCGACCGCUAAAGAGGAUGUCAGGAACGGAUACCAUCCUGCUUGUCUACCGCACCUUCUGCUCAACCGCCCCCCCUGUGCAUAUCGGGAAAGACUGCGACGCCCAUGCUUACAUUUGUAUUAGUUUUGUAUCAACAAUUUUGGACUUUUAAGAAUUGAGCAGGGCUGAGCUUUCAAAGGCUCUGUUUCCCCCCCCCCCAGCAUUACAAGGCUGUCACCACCAAAUAGUAUUUGGGGUAGCGAUGGUGUUGGGGACUUGUCAGGAGUACUGCAGCGCGCCAGCAGUGGAGGGUGGCGUAAGAAGUAAACGGCGACAAUGUUUGUAGGAAUAAUAACAAUGACGGCAAUUAAGAGGGAGUAUUUAAAUAUUUGAAGAUGUUGCACCUUAUGUACUAAUGACGUUCAUGUGUGGGGGUUUGUUUUGGACGCCUAUGUCUGUUGCUCACUACGAACACGGAGUGGCGCUGUGGUGCAGUUGUCGCCUAUUACGUCGGUAGCUCGACACGGGCACAAUUGAGACCAAGGUGCUAAAGGUUGCCAUCAGUCUUGAGUACCUGGCUAAUAAUUAAGAAUGUAUUGACUAUCGUGCGAUGACCUUUACUCCUGCGUAGCAAGGCAGGUGGGGAAUUGCUGCCCCCAUAUUGCUCGGACCAAAUGGCACUCGAAAGUGAUUUUAAAGGGUGGCUCUGAUAUAUGCUUCCACUGGUUAAUUCUCUAAAAAAAAUCUGCACUGGUCUGCGAGAUGCUGAAUGGGUUCUCAAUCUCCUUAAGUGAUGCCAAUAGCACAUUCAGGAUAAAAUUGGGGGAGGGGGAAGGAAAUUUCAAGUAAAAAAUCCCGAUACAAUGUAGCUGUGCUCCACUCUGGAAGACGAACACGUUGAUACACGGUGGAGAUUUUAUCGGUCCUUGGCUCAACAGUAACGACGACUUCCACAGAUGAGUUCUUAUCACGAGGUCCCCACGCUCGGGACCGUGCCUUUUUCUAAUUCACCUGUUUUUGUGUGGGGAUGGGGGGAGACACACACACGGCCUGUCCACUCGCUGAGCUCUAGGCAGCUCGCUCGAGCAAUCGGCCCACCCAUGGGUGGAAAACAGCCGGGUCCUGGAGCCCGGGACUUCUUCCAGUGAGCAAGAUGCGUCGAAAGUUUCCGUCGGUGUGUGCCUCCUGCAAACCUCGUCGGGUAGGGGUGCGGCAGUGCCUUGGGGAAGGUCAAAUUUAAUGCUCGGGAGGGGGUGGGGGGGGUCGCUAUCUCCUGAGGGACAAAAAUCUGAGCAACGAGAUGAUAAUUUCUCACAAUGGUGGAAGAGGGAUAGAACUGCAUGUAAAUGCAUUUUCCAGGAGUGCAUUACGCACACGUGAAAAAACACUGGGGCUUUCAAAUGUCCCGGGAAGAUUGACAGAGUUCCAAGGACAGCAACUACCUCGAAGGAUGGCCUUGGGGAAAACCCAGGACAGGCGUCAACCCUAUGCAAGACUCAAGGAAUUUUCACCUGUGAAGUCGCGACACGUGAAGUGUCUGCGUUUUUACUGUGGGUAUUUUUUUUGUCGCGGUAAUUUGGAAUCCUAAAAGUGCACUCACGUUGAAUACCUUUUUAUUCGUAACACUUGCAUUUGAAAUGUGGCCUUAAUGCGGUGUGGGUGCGUGCCUUUGGGAGGUUGGAAUGUGGUCAGAACCGUCGGCCCAGCAUUGGCUCCAAGGUCUCAGUGCAGAUUGUAUAGCCGAGGGGACCCCCUAAUGGCAGCUUGCCGAAGCAGGGUCUCAGAGGUGUUACCGAUUUUGUGACGCCCUUGGUGUUUGAAGUUUGUGCUCUUGUGUUGCACAGCAGUGAAGUCAUAUUGAAGGCAUCUGUUGGUGGAGGUCGACGGCUGGUUGUGAGCACCCAACUGUGAAUUAUUGUUACUUGUACACCGCCGCACUUAAUCUGAAGAAAUAAAAAAAUGGCCACCAUUUCAAAUGUGUCCAUUUUAUUUUCCGUUUCUGCAGAGUUUGUAACAAAACAUAACAAGUUGCCUUGUUCCCACAUCUAUGGCUCCCCGCCUUUAACCUACGCUGCCAAGUGUGGUAAAUUAUGGUCAAAUAAAAAAAACUGCAUCAAUAAAUGCGCCCUUAAAAGAAAAAAUAUUGUUUGGGCAGUGGCCCAGUGUGCUAUGAA